AUGUCAAUUGGCUCUGCACAAACUGAACCCGAUAGCCCUGUGAACGAAGCAUUGCCCUUGGGAAAGAAGUCAGAGUAUAUCUCGGCCAACUCGUCACAGCCCAAUAAUGAUGUUUCUGAGCUACCGGAUCUGGACGAGCCCGCUUCUGAGCAACGGCCGGGGCCUGUGCAUGGAUUAAAUGAGCUUAUAGACGACAAUUCGACAAGAUCGGACCCCAAGUUUGACGUUUCCGAGCUACCUGAACUUGACGAUGGGUUUUCAGGGAGUGAUCAGAAGACCAGGCCUUGGCCAAAGCGAAGAUUCCGCGAUGAGCUACUGCACGAAGAGUCUCUUGGUGUUCCAUCCUUGGGGCUUCCGGCCGAUGCUAUCGUAAUCAAUAACCCGAAUAAGACACGGAUCGAAAGAAAGGCUCCCAUCGUGGUGGAAGAAGAAGAGGCACAGCCGGCCAAUAUUGACUGGGAAAGCAUGAACCCUGCCGAGCCUGUUGAGCCUCCCACGGAAGAGAUCAAUGCCAACAUUGAAGAGUUCCGCCCUGAUACUCGUAUUCUUCGAUUAACAGAUAUUCAGUCUUUGAUCGAGUCGCUCUGCAGUGGGUUUACAACUAAUCAGCUGAAGGAUUACCAUCGCGACCGCCAGCCGGAGCAGCAGCAGGGCGAGAUCAUGAACUACUCCUGGGUUGAAGAAAGUGUUCCCUGGGCAUCAAUCAAUUCGAUCCAGGUUCGUGGUAUAGACAAGACGGCAAUUGCUCAAAAGAUCGUUCUGUAUAAGUGGGGAAUCGAAGUAAUGGAACACGAGAACGAUCUUGGAAAAGCUUACGUCCGAAUGGAUCCUUAUAUUUUCCCUUUUCUCUUAUAUGGUCCGAAUAACAUAUCGCGCUUGCUAUGGGAGUUGAGGCGGGACUUCCUGGUAGGCGAGGACGAGAAGUUGACUCUGAGCGUCCAAAGGUCUCGUCUCAACAUCACAGCAAGAAAGUCAACAACUUACGGCGUUCUUGCCUAUAUUGACCAGUGCCUACAGAAAAUGCGCACUCGAACCAUCGAUGUGGCACCAUAUCUCCCUCGUGAUACAAGUCUCCCGAAUUCGUCAGAACUUAAGGAGCUUGGUCGACUCACUAAGACAUCCAUCAGGCGCAUCAAGGAGGGCACGAAAAACAAAUUUAUGGUCUCCUGGUUGCCCGACUCUGAUGAGGCCCCAGCCGAGACAGAAGACCGUGCAGACAUGGUAUUCCGCUUGAUGGCUGGCCUUACUGUCCCAGUCACAGACAACGUUCUCCAGUGCAUUCCUUCACAAGAAGACAAAGUGGGCGGUCAGUUUGUCCAAGUUCGAAGACAGACUAGAGCUAUGUCUUGGAGAGACAAGCUAGGCCGAUGGUUAAGGGUUGUUGACCCCGUCACCAAGCCUAACUGGUCCGCCAAAGAGACGUCGCCUCUGAAGCUGGCAGCUUCGGCCGAAUUUAUCAAUUCAAAGCCUGGGGAAGCCAAGGAAACUACUACUGCGACUUUUGGGCAUAUUCUGCACUCAGAGUCCGAUAACUCGAUAAAAUCGCUCUCUCGCAAACGUCGCAUUCUAUUACCUUUCACUCCUCAUCCCGCCUCAUUCUCUGCCUUGAAAUCGGAUGACGACAAGCCAGUAAAAGAAUCCACGACCAUUGUUAUUAACCUUGUGCCUCACGAAAAACGCAAAAGCGGCCGCAGCAGCGACGCGCAGAAAGAGAACAAGCAUCCUGCGGUCCGUAUCAACAUACCUGUUAACCCUGGCGUUGAUUUUGACAAAUUCCGGCUUCCUGAUAACAUGACCGCCGAUUUCUUUGCUUUCUGGCACGUGAACGAUGUGCUACUACCGGGUGAGGCUGUUGACGUCCGCCUCCAGCACGAACGCUCGCAGGUCCUAAAACUCACCACCAAUCUGAAUCUACAGGCGUUCCUGGAAGCAUCUCAAUUUAAGCUAGACGAAGGUAAGCUUCGAACGCCGAGUCAAGCCAUGCUCCACGUCCCGGAAAUGUGGCUGGGUGGCAGGCAACCCGGUCUCAACUCUCAAGGGAAGAAACAGGAUGUUCUCUACGAUUUUCGAGGUACUGAGAUCCAUCAAACUGUCGAGAUGUCCUGGCGUGGCCAUACAUUGCGCUACUCUAGCAUCGAGGCAGGUCAGCAGGGUGGCCAACGCCAGGAAAUUACGUUGCAGGCUGGUACACCAAGUGAAAGCCCUGUCAAUUUUAAUGGCGAAAGACGAGCGAGCUUCUUGCAAUUGGUGGAGGAAAUGGCCACUGGCAAGUGCUUCUCUUGGCAUGAGGGCUACCGGUCUAUCAAAAAUCGCCAGUUAGAAGACUACAGUUACAACUUGCCUGAGAGGGAGCUCACGGACGACAUCAUCGUGGAGGAUAAGUUUGAUUCAAGGGGUCGCUUUAAGACCGUUGAACGCGAGAAAAGGAAACGACAAAGCGCUCCGAAAGCCCAGAAGGUUCGAAAAUCGCAAGCUUCUUCCGAAACAGAUGCAUCAAUCGAAUCGAGGAAUGAGCCAGUCUUUGACGACAUCGAUAAGUUGUUUGCGGCCGAGAAUGAGGACAGCAUCGAAACGAGGCCUGAAGUUGAGGAAGAGUCUAUUCAACACCAAGAAACAGAAGAGCUCAUGGCUAUACUCGAUAUCCCCUCUACUAAGCAGAAAACUGCCGUAUAUGAGGAAGACAAGCAACCUUCCAUUCUUGAGGAUGCUGCUUCAAACGAAGCAGCUGGGAGCGAGAAACAAUUUAUCAGCAGUGAAGGUACCACUAAAGACGAGGUCCCCAGCAGCAAUGACCCCGAAACCACUACUGUCGGUGCCUCGUCUAAUACAAAUGGCGUACCCACGAUGGAUAAGAAGAGCGCCACCGCGGCCGAGCGCGAGAGAGUUCGCAACGAAAUACUGAAUAACUUUUUCGGGGCCGAAGCAUUGAUGACCGAGCCCACUACGGCUAGCGACAACAAGAACAAGAACAAGAACAAGCCGGGCGCCGCUCGCAAGGCGAAGGUCGCGACUCGCAAGUACACUAUUCGAGACCUGGAACAGCCCGCAAAGAAGAAGAAGAGUAACAAGGUGGAGGAAGAUCCAUUCCUUGCUCAGUUUGCCGCACGAGCGACCAGCAAUAACAGAGUCGCAGACCCAAAUGCCGUCGCUGGCUUCUUUGACACUCUUCCACCGGAGAAGAAUGGAAAGCCUAAGGGGCAGUCAAGGAGUAAUGGAAAUGCCAAAGGCAGCAACAAAAGAAAGAACAAGUAG